AUGCCUAUAUCUUCUGGAGCUGAGGGUAGAGUAGAUGUGGGGAUAGAUACAUCCAUAGCAUGGACGCCAGAUGGGGUGAAAAAAGAGGCAAAACUGGUCAAGAACUGUGAUUCCUAUCUAAGAAGGUGGGUGGAUUGAUCUUUACUCUGUGUUGAAUUAAAGUGACAUCUUGGUUAAAACAUUAUUUUGCAUCCUCAUCAAACACAACAUAAUGUAUUCAUGUCCAUAUGUCUGCUACAAUGGUCAAUUAACAUUUGAACAAAAGUAAAACAAUGUAAUACAAUGUUUUAGGUUAUUUUAAUAACUUUGCUGUUAUCAUUUGAAGGAAUUGUUUUGCUGGUCAUUAAAAGCUGUUUUAGUGCUGCCUCUCCCUGUCCAUCCAAUAGUACCCUCUCUUUCAUUGGAACUAUGCUGGAGGACAUAGGGAUGUCAGGCACUAAACAGGCUCAUUGUUUCAACUGGUCAAGCUCUUUCCUCAGACAAUGGUAGAAUGUCUCUUGCACAUAAAGUUUGUUUUCAAUUUGUGCACCUUGGUUGGACUGCAAGGUAGCUACUGUACACUUACUCUGUAUCUGUAAUACGAUGAAUUUAGUGAGUCUGCUAUGCUCUGAUAUUAACAGGUAUCUGGAAAGCCAGGCAGGGAAGAAAAAACACAAUAGCACCAUUUUGGGGGUACGUGUCGUCAGUGUUAUAAUAACAGGCCAAUUAAACAAUUAGAGUUGAAGUCGAAUGUUUACAUACACCUUAGCCAAAUACAUUUAAACUCAGUUUUUCACAAUUCCUGACAUUUAAUCCUAGUAAAGAUUCCCUGUUUUAGGUCAGUUAGGAUCAGCACUUUAUUUUAAGAAUGUGAAAUGUCGGAAUAAUAGUAGAGAGAAUGAUUUAUUUCAGCUUUUAUUUCUUUCAUCACAUUCCCAGUGGGUCAGAAGUUUACAUACACUCAAUUAGUAUUUGGUAGCAUUGCCUUUAAAUUGUUUAACUUGAGUCAAACGUUUCGGGUAGCCUUCCACAAGCUUCCCACAAUAAAUUGGGUGAAUUUUGGCCCAUUCCUCCUGACAGAGCUGGUGUAACUGAGUCAGGUUUGUAGGCCUCCUUGCUCGCACACGCUUUUUCAGUUCUGCCCACAAAUGUUCUAUGGGAUUGAGGUCCGGGCUUUUUGAUGGCAACUCCAAUACCUUGACGUUGUUGUCCUUAAGCCAUUUUGCCACAACUUUGGAAGUACAGUCGUGGUCAAAAGUUUUGAGAAUGACACAAGUAUUGGUCUUCACAAAGUUUGCUGCUUCAGUGUUAUGAGAUAUUUUUGUCAGAUGUUACUAUGAUAUACUGAAGUAUAAUUACAAGCAUUCCAUAAGUGUCAAAGGCUUUUAUUGACAAUUACAUUAAGUUUAUGCAAAGAGUCAAUAUUUGCAGUAUUGACCCUUCUUUUUCAAGACCUCAGCAAUCCGCCCUGGCAUGCUGUCAAUUAACGUCUGGGCCACAUCCUGACUGAUGGCAGCCCAUUCUUGCAUAAUCAAUGCUUGGAGUUUGUCCGAAAUUGUGGGUUUUUGUUUGUCCACCCGCCUCUUGAGGAUCGACCACAAAUUCUCAAUGGGAUUAAGGUCUGGGGAGUUUCCUGGCCAUGGACCCAAAAUGUCGAUGUUUUGUUCCCCGAGCCACUUUUGCCUUAUGGCAAGGUGCUCCAUCAUGCUGGAAAAGGCAUUGGUCGUCACCAAACUGUUCUUGGAUGGUUGGGAGAAGUUGCUCUCAAGGAUGUGUUGGUACCAUUCUUUAUUCAUGGCUGUGUUCUUAGGCAAAAUUGUGAGUGAGCCCACUCCCUUGGCUGAGAAGCAACCCCACACAUGAAUGGUCUCAGGAUGCUUUACUGUUGGCAUGACACAGGACUGAUGGUAGCGCUCACCUUGUCUUCUCCGGACAAGCAUUUUUCCGGAUGCCCCAAACAAUCGGAAAGGGGAUUCAUCAGAGAAAAUGACUUUACCCCAGUCCUCAGCAGUCCAAUCCCUGUACCUUUUGCAGAAUAUCAGUCUGUCCCUGAUGUUUUUCCUGGAGAGGAGUGGCUUCUUUGCUGCCCUUCUUGACAUCAGGCCAUCCUCCAAAAGUAUUUGGCUCACUGUGCGUGCAGAUGCACUCACACCUGCCUGCUGCCAUUCCUGAGCAAGCUCUGCACUGGUGGUGCCCCGAUCCCGCAGCUGAAUCAACUUUAGGAGACGGUCCUGGCGCUUGCUGGACUUUCUUGGGCGCCCUGACGCCUUCUUCACAACAGUUGAACCUCUCUCCUUGAAGUUCUUGAUGAUCCGAUACAUGGUUGAUUUAGGUGCAAUCAUACUAGCAUACAUGCCUGUAGAGUCCUUUUUGUGCAAAGCAAUGAUGACGGCACGUGUUUCCUUACAGGUAACCAUGGUUAACAGAGGAAGAACAAUGAUUUCAACCACCACCCUCCUUUUAAAGCUUCCAGUCUUUUAUUCUAACUCAAUCAGCAUGACAGAGUGAUCUCCAGCCACUCUCACCUGUGUUAACGAGAGAAUCACUGACAUGAUGGCAGCUGGUCCUUUUGUGGCAGGGCUGAAAUGCAGUGGAAGUGAUUUUUUGGGAUUAAGUUCAUUUUCAUGGCAAAGAGGGACUUUGUAAUUAAUUGCAAUUCAUCUGAUCACUUUUCAUGACAUUCUGGAGUAUAUGCAAAUUGCCAUCAUAAAAACAAAAUGUUUGACCACGACUGUAUGCUUGGGGUCAUUGUCCAUUUGGAAGACCCAUUUGCGACCAAGCUUUAACUUCCUGACUGAUGUCUUGAGAUGUUGCUUCAAUAUAUCCACAUAAUUUUCCUUCCUCAUGAUGCCAUCUAUUUUGUGAAGUGCACCAGUCCCUCCUGCAGCAAAGCACCCCCACAGCAUGAUGCUGCCACCCCAGCGCUUCACGUUUGGGAUGGUGUUCUUCGGCUUGCAAGCCAUUCCCCUUUUUCCUCCAAACAUAACGAUGGUCAUUAUGGCCAAACAGUUCUAUUUUUGUUUCAUCAGACCAGAGGACAUUUCUCCAAAAGUACGAUCUUUGUCCCCAUGUGCAGUUGCAAACCGUAGUCUGGCUUUUUUAUGGCCAUUUAGUGAGCAGUGGCUUCUUCCUUGCUGAGCGGCCUUUCAGGUUAUGUCGAUAUAGGACUCGUUUUACUGUGGAUAUAGAUACUUUUGUACCUGUUUCCUCCAGCAUCUUCACAAGGUCCUUUGCUGUUGUUCUGGGAUUGAUUUGCACUUUUCGCACCAAAGUACGUUAAUCUCUAGGAGACAGAACGUGUCUCCUUCCUGAGCGGUAUGACGGCUGCGUGGUCCCAUGGUGUUUAUACUUACGUACUAUUGUUUGUACAGAUGAACAUGGUACCGUCAGGCGUUUGGAAAUUGCUCCUAAGGAUGAACCAGACUUGUGGAGGUCUACAAUUGGUUUUCUGAGGUCUUGGCUGAUUUCUUUAGAUUUUCCCAUGAUGUCAAGCAAAGAGGCACUGAGUUUGAAGGUAGGCCUUGAAAUCCAUCCACAGGUACACCUCCAAUUGACUCAAAAUAUGUCAAUUAGCCUAUCAGAAGCUUCUAAAGCCAUGACAUCAUUUUCUGGAAUUUUCCAAGCUGUUUAAAGGCACAGUCAACUUAGUGUAUGUAAACGUCUGACCCACUGGAAUUGUGAUACAGUCAAUUAUAAGUGAAAUAAUCUGUCUGUAAACAAUUGUUGGAAAAAUUACUUGUGUCAUGCACAAAAUAGAUGUCCUAACCGACUUGCCAAAACUAUAGUUUGUUAACAAGAUAUUUGUGGUUGAAAAACAAGUUUUAAUGACUCCAACCUAAGUGUAUGUAAACUUCCGACUUCAACUGUACAUGAAUUGAUACAAUAAAUCAACACGUUAGAUGUUGUUCUGUCUUUUCACAUAGUUAAAUAAAGUUUGCUUAAUCUAAAAACAGGAUGCCAGUCAACAUCUUGCUGGUCCAGAUGGAGAAAACAUGGACACUUUCUCACCCGGUACGUUAUUAAGGAAGAGGGAUUUUUUUGCACCUUAUAUGCUAGUGUUAAGAUACGUUUUACCAAAAUAUGACUUAAUUGGCUUAACUCUUCCAGGUGUGAGCAUAGAUCCUAACACACAACAGAAGAAGGGAACCAGUGAUGAAGGCAAAACCUCAGGAAAACAAACCAACGAAAAGAGCUCGAAGAAAUCCCAAACAUGUACACUUCUGUAG